ACACACAAACACAAACAGAGACAGGGAUGACUUUGUUAGCAGCCACGAAUUGGCGCGAAACAAAAGGAAAGCUAACCGAACUAACAGGACCUCUUGAAGAAUGUCACUUCCCAGAAACCAUUUCGGAUCCCAACAUUCACUUCCUUUCCACACACACACACACACAAACAUACACCACUGUCAAGUUUUUUUAUUUUUCUUUUUUCUUUUUCUUUUUCUCUCUCUCUCUCUCUCUCUCUCUCUCUCUUUCCAUCAUUUUCUAGCUAAAUUUUUCCCAGAAAAAAAAAAUGGCAUUUUCCGGCAUUAUUUUCGACCGUACUUGACUCCAUUUUGGUUUUUGGCAAAAGGGUCGUUGUCUUUUGUGGUGUUUGUGACGAAGAAGGUGCAAUUUUGGGCUGGAGAUAAAGAGAGUCACUCCCUCACCAGAAAAUUUUUCCUAGAAAAAUUGGCGUUUCCUUGAGUUUUCUUUGAUUCUACUUGACUCCAAUUUGGUUUUUUCUGGCAAAAGGGUCGUUUUAUUUUAUGGUAUUUGUGGUCAAGAAAGUGCGAUUUUGAGCUGGAGAGUUGAAGGGUAUUAGAUCUUUGAAUCCAUCAUCUGAUGAUUUUAUGAAGCAAGAGUUUUGUACGUAGCUGAGCUUUGAUCGAAAUCUUAAAAAAAUGGCAACUCCAGUGAAUAUCAUUGUAGGUUCUCAUGUCUGGAUUGAAGACCCAGGAAUAGCUUGGAUUGAUGGACAGGUGUCAAAGAUUAAUGGACAGGAAGCUGAGAUCCAGACUACUGAUGGGAGGAAGGUUGUGGCAAACCUAUCAAAAAUCUAUCCAAAAGAUGUGGAAGCUCCUGCUGGUGGAGUUGAUGACAUGACAAAGUUAUCUUAUUUGCAUGAGCCUGGAGUUCUGCAAAACCUAAAAAUUAGAUAUGAACUGAAUGAAAUCUAUACUUAUACCGGAAAUAUUCUAAUUGCCAUAAAUCCAUUUCAAAGAUUGCCUCAUCUUUAUGAUGCUCAUAUGAUGCAACAAUACAAGGGAGCACCAUUUGGAGAACUAAGCCCACAUGUUUUUGCAGUUGCCGAUGUUGCAUACAGAGCAAUGAUAAAUGAGGGGAAAAGCAAUUCAAUCCUGGUCAGUGGUGAAAGUGGAGCAGGUAAAACUGAGACCACGAAAAUGCUUAUGCAAUACCUUGCCUUUUUAGGAGGCCGGGUUGCUACUGAAGGACGGACAGUUGAGCAACAAGUUCUUGAAUCAAAUCCAGUCCUUGAAGCAUUUGGCAAUGCCAAAACUGUAAGGAACAACAAUUCCAGCCGUUUUGGUAAAUUUGUGGAGAUUCAGUUUGAUAAGCAAGGAAGAAUCUCAGGAGCAGCCAUAAGAACUUACCUUCUAGAGAGGUCUCGUGUUUGCCAAAUUUCUGAUCCUGAACGCAACUAUCACUGCUUCUACCUUCUUUGUGCUGCACCACAGGAGGAAAUUGAGAAGUACAAGUUGGGAAACCCUAAAUCAUUUCACUAUCUUAACCAGUCAAAUUGCUAUGACCUGGUUGGUGUAAGUGAUGCGCAUGAUUAUCUUGCCACAAGGAGAGCAAUGGAAAUUGUUGGGAUAAGUGACAAAGAACAGGAAGCAAUUUUCAGAGUUGUUGCCGCAAUACUUCAUCUUGGCAAUAUUGAAUUUGCUAAAGGAAAGGAAAUUGAUUCAUCGGUUCCAAAAGAUGACAAAGCCAAAUUCCAUCUUAAAAUGACUGCUGACCUUCUCAUGUGUAAUGCUGAGGCCUUGGAAGAUGCAUUAUGUAAGCGUGUCAUGAUCACUCCAGAAGAAGUGAUAAAACGGAGCCUUGAUCCUCAAAGUGCAGCAGUUAGCCGGGAUGGUUUAGCAAAGACAAUAUACUCUCGACUUUUUGACUGGUUGGUGGAUAAAAUUAAUAGCUCAAUUGGACAAGAUCCUAAUUCAAAAUCUUUGAUUGGGGUUCUUGACAUCUAUGGUUUUGAAAGCUUUAAGACUAACAGUUUUGAGCAAUUCUGCAUUAAUUUCACAAAUGAGAAGUUGCAGCAACAUUUCAACCAGCAUGUAUUCAAGAUGGAACAAGAAGAAUACACAAAAGAGGAGAUUGAUUGGAGCUACAUUGAAUUUGUUGAUAACCAAGAUGUCUUAGAUCUUAUUGAAAAGAAACCUGGUGGAAUCGUUGCUCUCCUUGAUGAAGCUUGCAUGUUUCCAAAGUCAACACAUGAAACAUUUGCAAACAAGCUGUAUCAGACAUUUAAAAAUCACAAGCGCUUUAUAAAACCAAAGCUAUCCCGCACAGAUUUCACCAUUUCUCAUUAUGCUGGAGAGGUCCUAUAUCAAUCUGACCAAUUUUUGGACAAAAACAAGGACUAUGCGGUUCCUGAACAUCAAGACUUGUUGGAUGAUUCCAAAUGUCCUUUUGUGGCAGGGCUUUUCCCUCCACUUCCAGAAGAGACAUCUAAAUCUUCUAAGUUUUCUUCAAUUGGUUCUCGUUUUAAGCUACAACUACAGCAGUUGAUGGAAACACUAAAUUCUACAGAACCUCACUACAUAAGAUGUGUGAAGCCAAACAACCUUCUAAAACCUGCCAUAUUUGAAAAUGUCAACAUCAUGCAGCAACUGCGUUGUGGUGGUGUUUUGGAGGCAAUCAGAAUCAGUUGUGCUGGAUACCCAACUCGGCGUCCUUUCUUUGAAUUCAUAAAUAGAUUUGGUCUUCUUGCCACAGAGGUCGUGGAAGGAAAUGUUGAUGAAAAGGUUGCCUGCAAAAAGAUUCUGGAAAAGAUGGGGCUUAAAGGAUAUCAGAUAGGUAAAACAAAAAUGUUCCUAAGAGCUGGUCAGAUGGCUGAAUUAGAUGCACGGAGAGCUGAAGUACUGAGUAAUGCGGCAAAAACUAUUCAGCGGCGCAUACGAACCCAUAUUGCUCGUAAACAGUUUAUUGCACUGCGGAAGGCUACCAUAGUUGUACAAUCUCUAUGUAGAGGAAGACUGGCUUGCAAAAUUUUUGAACAAAUGAGAAGGGAGGCAGCUGCUAAGAAAAUUCAGAAGAAUACACGCAGAUACCAAGCCUGGAAAAGAUAUCGCAAACUCCAUUUCUCUGUUCUUGUCUUGCAAACAGGCUUAAGGGCAAUGGCUGCUCGUAAUGAAUUCAGAUUUAAGAAGAUAACAAAAGCGGCAAUUUUGGUUCAGGCAAGAUGGCGUUGUUAUAAAGCUGCCUCACACUACAAGAAGCUUAAGAGGGGUACAAUAGUCACACAAUGCAUAUGGAGGGGAAGAAUUGCAAAGAGAGAACUAAGAAAGCUCAAAAUGGCUGCGAGGGAAACAGGUGCACUUAAAGAAGCAAAGGAUAAGCUUGAAAAACAUGUAGAGGAGCUCACUUGGCGUUUACAAUUGGAAAAACGUUUAAGGGCUGACCUUGAGGAAGCAAAAGCACAGGAGGUGGCAAAAUUGCAGAAUUUGUUGCAAGAACUGCAGUACAAAGUUAAAGAAGCAAAUGCAUUAAUUGUCAAGGAACGAGAGGCUGCAAAGAAGGCUAUUGACGAAGCACCUCCUGUUAUUAAAGAAACUCAAGUUCUUGUUCAAGAUACCCAGAAAAUUGAUUCUCUAACAGCAGAAGUGGAGAACCUAAGGACAUCAUUGGAAUCAGAAAGACAAAGUGCUGAUAUCUCAAAAAGAAAAUACAAUGAAGCCCAACAAUCUAGUGAAGAACGACAGAAAAAAUUAGAAGAAACAGAGAAGAAAGUUCAUCAGCUCCAGGAAUCUUUAACCAGGCUAGAGGAAAAACUUUCCAAUUUAGAAUCUGAGAAUCAAGUCCUGCGUCAACAAGCUGUAUCCAUGGCACCUAAUAAGUUCCUUUCAGGACGCUCCAGAUCAACUAUUCAGAGAGCUGCUGAAGGUGGUCAUAUUGGAACGGAUACAAAGAUAGGUUUGGAUCUGCAUAUUCCUCCAAUAAAUCAUAGGGAUCCUUCUGAAGUAGAGGAGAAACCCCAAAAAUCCCUAAAUGAGAAGCAGCAGGAGAACCAAGAGUUGCUCAUAAGAUGUAUUUCCGAACACCUAGGCUUUGCAGGGAAUAGGCCUAUUGCUGCCUGCAUCAUAUAUAAAUGCCUUUUGCAGUGGAGAUCAUUUGAAGUUGAGCGGACUAGUGUUUUUGAUCGGAUCAUUCAGACCAUUGGCAAUGCUAUCGAGACCCAGGAUAACAAUGAUAUCUUGGCCUAUUGGUUAUCCAAUGCCUCAACACUUCUCUUACUACUCCAGCGCACUUUGAAAGCAAGUGGUGCUGCUGGUAUGGCCCCACAACGCCGUCGUUCAUCAUCAGCAACUCUAUUUGGGAGGAUGACACAAAGUUUCCGUGGUGCUCCACAAGGAGUGAAUAUUUCCUUGAUCAAUGGUAGCAUUAAUGGAGUGGAUACAUUGCGGCAAGUUGAAGCCAAGUACCCAGCUUUGCUUUUUAAACAGCAGCUUACAGCAUAUGUAGAAAAGAUUUAUGGAAUGAUUCGAGAUAAUCUGAAGAAAGAAAUUUCUCCAUUGCUUGGAUUGUGCAUCCAGGCACCAAGAAUAUCCAGAGCAAGCUUGGUUAAGGGAUCAUCGCGUUCAGUUGCAAACACAGAGGCCCAGCGAGCAUUGAUUGCUCACUGGCAAGGGAUUGUAAAAAGCCUUGGAAACUUCCUAAACACUUUGAAAGAAAAUCAUGUACCCCCAUUUUUAGUUCGUAAGGUGUUCACACAAAUAUUUUCUUUCAUCAAUGUUCAACUAUUUAACAGUCUUCUGUUAAGGCGAGAGUGCUGUUCUUUUAGCAAUGGUGAAUAUGUGAAGGCUGGAUUGGCUGAAUUGGAACAUUGGUGUUAUAAGGCAACAGAUGAGUAUGCAGGUUCGUCUUGGGAUGAGCUCAAGCAUAUUAGACAGGCAAUCGGAUUUCUGGUUAUACAUCAAAAACCAAAGAAAACACUGGAUGAAAUAAGCCACGAUCUUUGCCCAGUCCUUAGUAUACAGCAGCUCUAUCGGAUCAGUACAAUGUACUGGGAUGACAAGUAUGGCACGCAUAGUGUGUCCUCGGAUGUUAUUUCCAAUAUGAGGGUGCUGAUGACAGAAGAUUCUAACAAUGCAGUUAGUAAUUCAUUCUUGUUGGAUGAUGAUUCAAGCAUUCCAUUUUCAGUUGAUGACUUAUCAAAGUCCAUGGAGAAAAUAGACAUCGCCGAUAUUGAACCACCACCACUUAUUCGUGAAAACUCAGGCUUUACUUUCAUGUUUCCUCGUUCAGAGUAAUCACUUUCACUGCAUGAGUGGAUGGGAUUCCUCUCCAUCUAUCUCCACGGUCAAGAUAUAGGUUCACAUUGCAACCCCUUUAAUUGUGGAUGUCAUCAGAGGGUUGUACAUUGUUAAUUAUUUUUUACAUUAGAAACAUUUUUUGAAAUUAUCUUCCCAUAUAUAGUUCAUUGUUCCAAGUAGGGAUGCCUUUGCUCCCCCCCGGUAGUUCAUUAUUGGAAGCAGUAUGCCUUUGCUCCCCAUCCAGUGUAAUGUACAACUAGUUUUCAAUGAAGGAGAAGAAAUCAAAAGCAUAUAGCAUUUUACAAAAGCUGUCACUAUCUACCCUUUAAUGAGGCUUCUUGCUUGUAUUUGUAUUUACAAGUUUUGUGCUAUAUUGAUAAUUGUAAGAGUUCAUUUUUAUAUAUUGCUUAUUGGUUAGUUUUA